AUGGCUAUACAAUUAUUAACCUUUCAACUAACAGCAAACAUUCAAAGUGUUGAUGGAAGCUUCAUGAGGAAAUCCACAGUCAAAGGCAAUACAGGCCUUCAUCAAAUUAUUCAAGAGUGUGAUCACUCUCCCAAGGAAGGGAAAAUUUCCUGUGGAUGUUAUUCCAAUAAAAUUCUCACUAGAGGUUUCAAGGAACUAUCUGCCACUAAAGCAAUCAACAGUUCUCUGAAAGAUGGUGAAAUUUCCAACAAGGGUAAAAUUAGGAGUGGUUACAAGUUCCGUCUUUACAACUUUGACCUCAUACUAAGCCUCAAAGAGUCACCAUUGGUGCAAAGAAUGUCUGGACUAUUCAAAAUUUUGCAACAGGAAGCAUGGGAAAAUAUUGAGUUAAAUGUGUUGAAGGUUCAGAUUGAUUCGGUUUUAGAGAUACCAGUGAUUUUACCUGAAGAUUAUUCAGAAGAAAUGAAGAAAACAAUGAAAGAUGUUCUUGAAAUAAUUUCACCCAAAAAGGGUGAAUUACCUGAUAUUAGGUCUUUCCUGGACAGAGUACUGCUACCUUACAUAGCCUCAGACAGCAAAUGUUGA